AUGAAGCCUGAAGAUGAAGCCUGCGAGUUCUCAGAGAGAUACCACAUCUUGAAUCCCAAAGAAGAGGCCAGUUAUCCACCUGCCUCCCCAAAGAACCUUAAGUACCUGGCCAGCACAGUCAAGAAGAGGGAAGUGUAUAAAGACCCAGGUUCUGGCCACAUCCCUUCGAAGCAGUGGCCUGACUCGCUGUGUUGUUUCCUCAACUAUAGACCAAGGGCAGCGGUGUCUGCCCUCCUACCCACCAGGGCUGAGGUGGGACAUUUCACUGCGAAAGGCCCUUGGUGCACACUCAGGCCCGAGGAGGCAGAAUGA